UGAUUUUUCUUUAUUUCAACGUAAUAAUUUUAUAUGAUAAUUUAAAUAUAUUAUAAAAAGUAGCCCUACAUUUUUUCACCAUCAACCCCAUCCCCGUAUAUGUUCCAACCUUGUACUUCCAGUGCACUGGCCGGACGCCACACCUCGUCGCCGGAGCAGCCUUCUUCCCUGAACGCCAUCUUCUUCAAUCGCGGCCAUCUUCCUUCAGUAAAAGCCUGUACUUUCUCCCCCUUUAUGAACCAAUUUGAACAAGUUUUUUCCUCUUGCGAUCGAAACACAUCAUAACAGAGCUGAAGCGAGAAGAGAACUGGAACGUACUUGAUAGUUCUUCAUCGGUUGCUGGAGUCAUUGUUUGAUACGUUGCAUCUGAAGUUCGCAACAUAGACAUAUCGUCUAAAUCCCCCGAUAUCCUGAAUGGAUUUCACGGAGAAAAGGAACGUUUAGCACAAAUUGGUCUCGCAGUUCAAUGCUUUUAUAUUUCCGGCGAACCACCGCUUCAUUGCGUAUAUUUCCCUCUCCUUUUCUUUCUCCGGCAAGGUUCCUCUCAGCACUUCAGGCCACUCUCUCUCCACCGGAAAAACCAAACUCCGUCACAACACAACCCCUAACAAAGCCCCAACUCACAACCAUAGUCCUCGCUCAAUACCACCAUGGCAAAUUCUCCAACCUUCUCCAAAACAUCAUCUCUUCACCCUCCGUCCUCCUCACAGCCUGCCACAACCUCAUCCAUGGCGGCCCAAACUCACAUGCACCACCUUCUAUCGACUCAAUCUCAUCUAAUUUCUUCUCAAUCACGGAUCUGUCUGAAGAGAUCUGCCAAAACAGAUUCGAUUUCGACUCAUGCAUCCUCAAAAUGGCAAACAAAGGUGAACCAAUUUCUCUCGCUCUUCCUAACUUGAAACUUAAGGUCUUGAUUGAAUCCAUUAGAAUGGUUUUAGAAGUUAUAUAUGAUGAUCGUUUUGCAACUUUUAGCUAUGGUGGUCGUGUGGGUAUGGGUAGACACACUGCAAUUCGUUAUCUAAAGAACACUGUGGAAAACCCCUCUUGGUGGUUUACUGUUUCAUUCAACAAUAAAACGGAAUUCAGUAUAGAAAACACAAACAAACUAUGCUUGAUUAUAGAAGAAAAAAUCAAAGAUGAGAUGUUCAUUGAUAUAAUCAAGAGGUUGAUCAUAUCAAAAGUAAUUUCCCUUGAUUUGGGUGGAUGUUAUUUAGGAAAAGGGCUCCCUCAAGAAUGUGGGUUGAAUUCAAUCUUGAUUAACAUCUACUUGAACCCAUUUGAUCAAAGAUUACAAGAAUUACGUCUUCAUAUCAACAAAAAAAACCCUGAAUCUAGAUUGAUUGAAGAAGAUGAAAGUAAUCAUGUUUUCCAUAAACCCUUAAAGAUAUACGCUGUUAGGUACUUAGAUGAAAUACUUGUAAUCACAUCCGGAUCAAAGGGCUUAACCAUGAAUUUAAAGAAUCAAGUUGUUCAAUUUCUAGACAAGAAUUUGUGUUUAGAGAUAGAUAGGGGUAAAACCGUCAUUCACAGUGCGGUGUCUGAAGAAAUUACGUUUUUGGGCAUGGAUCUUCGGGCAGUAACGCCCUCGGUUUUGCAUCCUCCAAUGUCGGAAAAGGCAAUAAGGGCGAAAAAAAAGUACUUAAGACAAAAAGAAGUAAGACUUCAAGAACUUAAAAACAGAAGAGAAACAAAUCGGAAAAAACUUGCUAUGAAAAUCUUUACACAUGUCUAUAAAAAACUUAAAACAAGCAACGGAUUCAAAUUCGAUUUCAAAAUCGAAAAACAAAUUCGGGAAAUUUUCGACACGUGGGCUUGCGAAACCGUUGAUGAGUUUUUAAAUUCAAUAGAAGAACGCGCACCCGUGUAUCGAAAUCUCUCGGGUGGAGACUUUUUAUCUUUAAAAAGAAUCCGAGACCAACUUCCGGAAGAAUUAAUACAAUCUUAUGAUAAUUUUCAAGAAAAAGUUGACAAGUAUUUGAACCCGAUAAAAGCACGAGAGAAGUUACUAAAUAUAAAAAUGAAACAAGAACAAGAAGAAGAAGAAAAAUACACCGAAAGAACAGUCAAAGAUUUGACCCAACUUCUUAUAAAAGUCGAUGCACCCGAAAAAUCGAUAAAAAAAUCCGUAAAAUUAGCGGGAUUCACGAAUGACAUGGGUCGCCCGAGACCUAUCACUUUACUCACGGUUCUUGAAGAUAUCGAUAUCAUUAAAUGGUACACGGGUAUCGGAAAAAGAUGGCUAAAUUACUAUUCGUGUUCUAGAAACUUCAAGUUUGUGAAAACGAUUGUGAGUUAUCACUUGCGAUUUUCGUGUUUAUUAACUUUAGCUGAGAAACACGAAUCAAGUAAACGAGAAGCUAUUCGACAUUACACGAAAGAUUUGAGGGUUUUUGAUGUUGAUGGAAGUGAAGAGUUUUGGUUUCCUAGUGAAAGGGAGAUUAAGAUGAUGGGGGAUAAGAAUCUUGUGGAUCCGAAACCCGUGGAUGGGGUUUUGAGUAUGGUGUUGAUAAGAUUGGCAUUUGAUGAGGGUUUGUAUCGAUGUGGUGCGCAUUUUUGUGAGAGAUUUGAUACGAUUGUGUAUCGUAUUCGGUUGUUGGAUCGAGGUUUGAAUUUGGAUGAGAAGUGUUGGGUUUUUGAUAGGAUGUGUGUUGUGUUGUGUUCGGAUCAUGUUAGUGAGAUGUAUGUUGGUGAACUUACGCUACAAGAUGUUGACUAUUCGAGCUUGAUGUGUAUUUGAUACCGGAUUUCAUGGACUUGUAUUUGUUCACUUUUUUAAUAGUAAAAUAUCUAAAAUGGAAAUGGUUGUGAUUCGAUAAAAUUCCAUGGAAUGAAUAAAAGAAUCUUGAUAUUCUUCU